GCUCUCACCAGGAAUCAACCUACAACGUCUACUCAACAUUGCAAAAUCAUCUCGCUUUGCCCGAGUUCUCCGAUCAGUGAUCACAAUGUCGCUCAUUCCCAGCAUCUUUGGAGGCCGCCGAACCGACGUCUUCGACCCAUUCUCUCUAGACAUUUGGGACCCUUUUGAUGGCUUCGUCACCUCCUCACUCACCAAUGUGCCCGCCUCAGCUCGUGAAACUUCAGCAUUCGCGAACGCGCGAAUUGAUUGGAAAGAAACUCCAGAGGCCCAUGUGCUCAAAGCGGAUGUCCCGGGGCUGAAGAAGGAAGAAGUGAAAGUUGAGGUGGAAGAGGGGAGAAUCCUUCAGAUCAGCGGGGAAAGAAGCAAGGAAAAGGAGGAGAAGAAUGAUAAGUGGCACCGGGUUGAGAGGAGCAGUGGGAAGUUCAUGAGGCGGUUCCGCCUCCCGGAGAAUGCAAAGAUGGACCAGAUCAAGGCAAGCAUGGAGAAUGGGGUGCUCACUGUGACUGUGCCCAAGGAAGAGGAGAAGAAGCCGGAGAUGAAGGCCAUUGAUAUCUCUGGUUAAUCCUGGAGUCUGUUGUGAUAGUGCUAUGCAAUAUGCAAUGCCAAGAAUACAACUCUAUGAGUUGUGAAUAAAUGAUUUGCCUUUGUUUGUGUCGUCGUGUGCUUUUGUGUUUUAGAAAAUGCCAAAAUAUGUAAUCAGCUAUCACUUUUUUGGUGAAAAUAAUGUAAGCUGAAUCGUUCAAGUUCUUA